AUGCCCUCUGUCGCGCCGAGCGACGGAACCGCCAGCUUGAUUGGCGUCGGGAUAGCUGUCCUUGCGAACGUCGUAGUUUCCCUCGCGCUCAACGUCCAGCGGCUAGCGCACCUCAAGCGCGCGCAUCGCGAUGAGCGACCCACAUCCUCUUCGCAACCCAAAUCCCUCUCUCGAACGCUUCCUCGGUCGACUGAACGGACACCAUUGAUCGUUCGAACGCGGCCAACACUCGACUCGAUCCCGUCUGAGCAGGGCAUCAGUCAGGGAGGCUUGGGAGGGAAGCCUCGAACGCCAGAGGUUCUCGUCUCGCCUGUCGAAUCCAUCGCCAGCCGACAACGAAGCUUUUCGCCAAGCAAGAGGCGAACAUCGGGUCCGAGAACCGACAAGGGCUUCCUGAAGAGCAAGCUAUGGCUGCUCGGGUUCUUCCUGAUGGCAGCGGGAGAGCUGGGCAACUUCCUCGCGUACGGCUUCGCGCCGCCUUCUGUCGUCGCACCGCUCGGCAUGGUCGCCUUGAUAGCGAAUGUCUUCCUUGCCCCGGUCAUCGUGCGAGAACCCUUCCGCAAGAAGGACCUGGUCGGCGUCGGCAUCGCCAUCAUCGGAGGCGCGACGGUCGUCUACGCAUCUCGACAACGGGAUGUCAAGCUCACGCCCAGCGAGUUCGUCGAGGCGAUCUCACGCCCACUCUUUAUCGCCUAUGCGGCCGUCUGCGCCGCAGGAAUGUCGGCUCUCGCCUACUUCAGCCGGACGAAAGCAGGCGAUCGCUUCGUUCUGGUCGACUUGUCACUCUGCGCAAUCGCAGGCGCUUUCACCGUUCUGUCCGCCAAGGCGCUCUCCUCCUUCCUCAACCUCAUCUUCCUGGACAGCUUCAAGUACCCGAUAACCUACGCUGUCCUUCUCACGCUCGCCCUUUCCGCCUUCCUUCAGCUCAACUAUCUGCAGAAGUCCCUCCAACGCUUCGAGUCACGCGUCGUGAUCCCGACCCAAUUCACCACCUUCUCCCUCUCGACGAUUGUCGGCUCGGCGAUUCUGUACCGCGACUUUGAAGGCGUUGGCCUGCCCAGCCUUGUCAACUUUGUCUUUGGCUGCUUGAUUUGCGCGGCCGGCGUCUACCUCCUCACCCGCGACUCGCCCAACGGUCACGCAAAGUCGGCGACGACAGACUCGGCCGCCGACAGCCAUGCGACCGACUCUGCUCCUCCCUCUCAGCGCACACCUUCCGUCUCUUCCGUCUUCUCCCAGCCUUUUCCGCGUACGACACAGACGCUAGCGAUCCCAGACGCCCGCGCAGGACCAGGUCGCAGACGGAGGAAGCUGUCAGUUACGCUGGGAGGGGCAUACCUGCUUGCGGCGAGUGUGUCGGCAGAAGAGGGCGAGGAGGAUGAAGACGAACGGGACCAGCGGCGGCCGCUGGACGAGGAGCAGGGAUUGUAG